UCAAAAAUCUAAAUUUCUGGAUACCCACCAAUUUCCGUGCGUUGGUCGUGUAAAUUUAUAAUAGUCGUUAAUUCCUCUAAUUUCGGUGCAGUCGGUACCGUUUUUUAACGAACGUCAGGCCCGUUCGAAUAAAAUGUAGUUCGCCAGACCGACGGUGCGCGUUAUUAUAUCGUAUUUUAUUAUCUUAUCGAUUCGUUUUUUUUUCUCUCAACAACUACCUACAAUAUACACCAUUCCGUAAAAUUAUUUAAUAAUUUUAAUUCGAUCAACCUUGAAUUACGUGUACAAUAAAGAGCACACUAUUUCAAAUCUGCAUCCAUAAGUCACAAUGGGAAUCAUUGAAGAGCUUAGCGUUUCUUCAGUGUUAGUUGGACUUGGGAUUGUUGUAACUACUGGUUUUGCUAUAUCAGCAUUUGUAGCAAAUUUCCAAAAGAAAAGCCAAAAAAAAAGAACAUUAGUGGAUUCAAACACAAAGAUUCCAUUGCCACUUAUUCAAAAACAUAUUAUUAGUCAUGACACACGGAGAUUUAGAUUUGAAUUGCCAUCCAAAAAUCAUAUUCUUGGUUUACCAAUAGGGCAACAUAUACAUUUAUCAGCAAGAAUAAACGAAGAAUUAGUUGCCCGUGCUUAAACACCAGUCAGUAGUGAUAAUGAUGUUGGAUAUAUGGAUUUGGUUAUUAAAGUAUAUUUUAGAGACCAAAACCCCAAGUUCCCUGAUGGUGGUAAAUUAACACAAUAUCUUGAAAAAAUGGAAAUAGGCGACACAAUAGACGUUCGAGGACCUUCUGGUCGUCUCAUUUAUCAUGGGCGUGGAGAUUUUGAAAUUAAAGCUGUUAAAAGAAUAGAUCCUUCUCAUAACCUUUAUGCCAAAAAGAUAUCAAUGAUUGCUGGUGGUACCGGUAUUACACCAAUGUUGCAGUUGAUAAGACAAGUCACUAGAGAUCCUAAAGAUGAAACCAAAUUGUCAUUGCUUUUUGCCAAUCAGACUGAAGAAGAUAUAUUAUUAAGAGAUGAAUUAGAAGAAGCCGUUAAAAGUCAUCCAGAUCGGAUCAAGGUCUGGUAUACUGUUGAUAGACCUACUGAUGAAUGGAAGUACAGUGUUGGAUUUAUAUCAUCAGACAUGAUAUCAGAACAUUUAUAUCCACCAGCUCAAGAUACAUUGGUAUUGAUGUGUGGACCUCCUCCAAUGAUAAACUUUGCAUGUAUUCCAAAUCUUGAUAAACUUGGUUAUGAUGCUAAGUUACGAUUUUCUUAUUAAAAAAAAAAAAAAAAAUGUUUUUCGUAUAUAUUAGACCGUCCGUAACAGUUUCGAGUUGUAUUUGUUGAUUCACAUUUUGUAAUAGAUUUUGAUCAUUGAA